GUUGUCAUGUCAUUUGGCCACUUGCUGCAGAUAUUUUGACCAAGAAAAAGGAAAACCAUUCGUUCGCGAGAAGGAAGUUGGAUUCUUCCAGCAGAGCACGACACGUCUUGCUCUUGCUCGCUGUUGGAGUUGGAGUUGGACAGGGACUCCGGCGGCGCUAAACUGCAAUCGAGUUUCGAGUUUGACCUCCGCGCACGCAGACAGCAGAGGGCAGCCGGCUUCCCGCCUGGGGCAGGUCCUCCCAAGCUGCAGCAGCCGUCGCCGCCCCUCCCAUCCGGCCGGUCCUUCUCUCCAUCUUCUUCUUGUUCAACCCACUUGAGUUCAUACUUCAUAAGCUGCCACACCAAUGAGAUCUGUGGAGGAGACCAAGAGAUCUCUGACAGUUGCCCCCUUUGAGUGCGCGUGGGCCGAGGAGCUUCGCUUCGGGGAGCCUGGCCGUGGCUGCAUCGCCUUCGAGGCAUCAGCCCAGAACGAUGUCACCCUGGUCUUCCGCCACCUGCUUGGGAGCCAGCACUACCACUACAAGACGGACACCAGCCGCCACUACACCGUCAUCUUGGGCAGCCAUAGGAACAAACGGCUCAAGAUCGAAGUAGAUGGAAUCACUGCUGUUGAUGUUACUGCCGUCGGCCUCUGCUGCUCCUCGUCUUUCCAGAGCUACUGGAUCAGCAUCUAUGACGGAUGCAUAAGCAUCGGCCAAGGAAAGCAUCCAAGCAACAAUCUCCUUUUCCAAUGGCUUGAUCCUGAUCCCAACCCACAUGUUCAGUAUGUUGGCCUAUCCAGCUGGGACAAGCAUGUUGGGUACAGAAACAUAAGCCUUCUUCCAUCAGCUCCCCCAAAUAGCAUAUUUUGGACUCAGAUUGAGUAUGCCAACGUCCACUGGGUUGCUGACGCUGGAGACUAUGUGAGGAAACAACUGUCAAGAGAUGAUUGUCAUCAAAGGGUACUUGCAGACUUUCUAGAGAACUGGGAUUUCUCUGAUGCUGUAUUUGUCGUUGGCACUGAAAGAAAGGUCGUCCCUGCACACAAACUUGUCUUGUGUGCCUCCGGGGAUUUCCCUUUUGAAAUGGGGGAUGAAGCUACCAUUGUGCUUCCAUCAGCAUCCUACCCUGUUCUCCACUCCCUUCUUGAGUAUAUCUAUACAGGUUCGACGCAGAUUGCUGAAUGGCUACUAACUUCUGUGCUGGAGUUGAGCUCGCAGUUUAAAGUCGAACCACUGGUGAAGUGCUGCAAAGAAAUCAUUGACUGUUUAGAAGUGGAUAAGAAACUUUCUGAUUCUGGAAAAAUCUUAAUAAAAUUUCCAAAAAGCGGACUCCAAGAUCAUAGAUUUGACUCUUCUCCACUCAAAGCACCACUGAAUGUGCAGAAAGUUGGAGAGUUCCUUGCAAAUGGUGAACAUAGUGAUAUAAAUAUCUAUGUUAAUGGACAUGGUCUUGUCAGUAAGGGUCACAAGCUUAUCCUUAGCCUGUGGAGCGCUCCACUUGCCAAGAUGUUCACAAACGGGAUGAGGGAAAGCAGUGCCACGGAUAUCUUUUUCGGAGAUGUUCCUCCUGAACCAUUCUUUCUCCUCCUUCAGUUUAUGUACUACGGGAAACUUAAGUUGGAUACUAGGGAUACUACAUCAGUGUUGGUUCAACUUCUUCUACUAGCAGAUCAGUUCGCCAUCACUGUUCUUCAGUUUGAAUGCUGCAAACGAAUAAUGGAAUGCCUUUCAGAGGACACUGUAUGUUCAGUCUUACAGGCAGUUUCAUCAAUCUCAUCUUGUAAACCGCUUGAAGAAGUAUGCAAGAGGAAUUUUGCUAUGCAUUUUGAUUAUUGCACAACUGCUUGCACGGACUUUGUGUUGUUAGAUGAGGCACCAUUUAAGGAUAUUCUUGAGCAUGGUGAUAUGACAGUAACGUCGGAGGAGAGGGUUCUGGAUGUCAUUUUAACAUGGUGCAUGGGAGCUUGUGAAACUUUUCACUGGACUUCAGUAGAUGAGCUCUUGAGAUCUUCAACACCAGAGCAGCUCUUUGGAGAGAGGCUUUCCGGCAUCAAUACUUUGCUACCAUUAGUGAGAUUCCCUUUGAUGCAGCUGUCUAUACUAAAGAGGAUGGAGAGAAGUACUCUAGCAAACGACAUACAAGCAUUCAGACAGUUGGUUGCAGAGGCCAUUGAAUUCUCUCAUGCUGGACAAUUGAUGCUUACAUCAUAUGAAUGUGAGAGAUUUCAGCAUAGGCGCUCGAGCUAUAAAGAGCUGCAGUAUAUCUCUGAUGGUGAUAACAACGGUGUUAUCUACUAUGCUGGAACAUCAUUUGGAAAACAUCAGUGGAUGAAUCCUGUGUUAACCAAGAAUAUCACUGUGGUGGCAAGCAGUCCAAAUUCAAGGCACACGGAUCCAAAGGCUUUGGUUUCAAAGAAUUACCAGGGGACAUGUUUUGCUGGGCCUUGUAUUGAAAAUGGCAAGAAGCUUUCUUGGUGGAUGGUAGACAUCGGACAGGACUACCAGCUGAUGUGCAACUACUACACGGUGAGGCAGGAUGGCUCCACAACAUUCAUGAGAUCUUGGGCUCUUCAGGGAUCCAUGGACGGCCGGAACUGGACAAGCCUCCGUGUCCAUGACGACGACCCUACCAUUUGCCACCCGGGCCAGUUCGCCUCUUGGCCCAUCGUUGGCCCGGCGGCCCUUCUGCCCUUCCGAUUCUUCAGGGUCGCCCUGACAGGCCCGGCCGCCGGAUGUGCUUGGAACCUCUGCAUUUGCUUCCUAGAGCUCUACGGCUACUUCCGUUAGAUGUCCUGUCCACAAGCUUUCUUUUCCUAAAGAAGAGUAAAUGAACAGCUUUGUUAGUAACUAGAGCAGUUCUAAGAUGGUCCAAGUUCUGUUGAUUUUCUUUUUCUUUUUAAAAAAUAAUAUAGAUAACAGGGUUUUUAUUGCAAACACAAGUAAUCUUUUCAUGGGUGGAAGGCAUUCCGGAAUAGGUUCUGCGAUGGUACAAUUGCAGGGCAUUGUACAUCAUGAAAUGAAAGAAACAAGUACUCACAGUCACAGCUGAAAAA